CAGGGUGCUAUGUACUAUAAUACACGGAACACGGACAGGCGCAGCUCUCUGCGUGAUUCGUCCAUGUCUCUGCCAGGGUGGGCGACUCCGAGUGGCCGUCGGUGAGCACGCUGAGCCAGCGACAGUCUUGGCGUGACCCACACCCACGCACCCACUGGGCACGGUCCUGCUUCUGCUGAUCAUUACUGCUACCACCAACACAGCGAUACGCGUCGACGAGUAGCCUAUCUAUCCGCUUGUGUCCGCCCUCCCCUUGACCAUCUCCGCUCGACAGCGGGUGAUCAGCCGAGUGCAUUUCGGCGGCGAUCGACGCUGUCCGGACGCCUGUGCAACGCCAGCCAUCAUCGGAGCGCUGCGCGAAGAUGCCUAACAGCGCAGCCGGCUCCAGCAAGGGCGGCGACAGCGGCGCGUCUAGCCGCCGCAGCUCGCCCAUCCUCCGACCCGUCGGAAGCAAUGCAAGCACUGGCGCUUCCACGCCGUCCUUAUCGUCUUCUCCCGAUGGGAAACCUUCACAUCCGGGGGCCAGCAAAAAUGCCAAGGACGCCCAAGCCAGUGGAUCUGGCUCGCGGCGAAGUUCCGGCGCUUCGACUCCGCCGCAAACACGGAAUGCCUCCUCCGCGGCGGUAGUGCCGGGGGGCAGCGGCACGCUCUUACGCGUUGGGUCCAAGCGCAACAGCGCAGCGGCCGUAUUGCGCAACGCCGCGCACAUCGGCUCCGUCGUCGAUGACUGGCCGAUGUACAGCUCGCAGCCCGCCGAUUACAUCCUAGGCGACGUCAUCGGAUUCGGCGCAUCGAGCGUCGUCUACCAGGCGGCCUUCCUGCCGCUCGGCAGUCGCGCGUGUGCAGUAAAGGUCGUGGAUCUCGAAGCAUUUAGCGGGGACACCGAGGUGCUGCGCAGGGAGACGCAGCUGAUGAGCUUGAGCAAGCACCCCAACGUGCUCCGUGUCAGAGGAUGCUGGGUCGACGGGACCAAGCUGCACAUCGCGACGCGGCUGAUGAGCAGCGGCAGCAUGCUCGAUAUCAUGCGCUUCUCCUAUCCUGACGGCUUUGACGAGGCCGUCAUCGCGACGGUGCUCAAGCAGGCGCUGGAAGGGCUCAAUUAUCUUCAUGUUAAUGGAUGGCUGCAUAGAGAUCUGAAGGCGGGCAACAUGCUCGUCGACGAGGACGGCACUGUACUACUGGGCGACUUUGGCGUCGGCAUUUUUCUCAACGAGCGGGCCGACGCCCCCGCCUCUGCUGCCGGCGGCGAUGCGGCUUACACAGGAGGCGCGACCAAGUCCUUUGUCGGCACGCCGUGCUGGAUGGCGCCGGAGGUGGUGGAGCGCAAGCACUACGGCCACAAGGCAGAUAUCUGGUCCUUUGGCAUCACUGCGCUCGAGCUAGCGCACGGGCGCGCGCCACACAGCCGCUUCGCGCCGGUCAAAGUGCUGAUGAAGACGCUGCAGGACGAGCCGCCACAGCUGGACCGCACGGGCGGGCCGCACAGGUACAGCAAGGUGAUGGAGGACUUUGUCAGGGUCUGCCUCCAGAAGGACCCCAGCAAGCGGCCUUCGGCGGAGAAGCUGCUCGGGCACGCGUUCUUUAAGCAGGCCAAAUCGAAAAAGCACCUCGUCACUGCUAUCUUGUCCUGCCUGCCACCGCUGGUGGAACGGCAAGAACGACGGCGGAACAUGUCAAUCGUAUCCCUGCGCAACCAGCAGUCGUGGGACUUUGGCAGCGGCAGCAUGAUUUAUAGCACCAACGUCCCCGGGUCCAGCGCCAGCAGCUCGGGCUUCCUUUCAAAGCGCGGCUCGCAGAUCCUCACGAUGUCCACCGCGCCCGACACGCCGGAUCCGUUCAAGAACUUCUCUGCGAGCAUCGCUGCGCCACCCGUCUCUCCCGGCGGUAGCAUGCGCUCCAAGAUCAUCAGCAUCGACGGCGAGCACGCGAUCGUCACGCCCAGCCGCGAGGCCGUCAAGUUCGAGAAGCUCGCAGAGCGCUUUCAGCACCCGGCCGCUUCUGCAGGGCCCUUGUCGCCAUCGGGAAGCAGAUUCAUGGCCAGCGCGCGGGACCAUAAGCGCUCCAUCGACUCGUUCAGCCGGCACCGUAAGUCCGUCUCAUUCGACGGGGACGAUGGAGACGUCGGCAGCGCCAGCGGCUCUGUUCCGAUCACCGCAGCAGGGGAUAGCAGCAGCCUGCCCCUCCUCAGCAGCCCGGCGAAGGCGGGAAGCCUCCGCCUGCGCACUCUCGGCAAACAUGGGCUCGAGGCCAUCGGCGAGAAACGCAGUCCGCUCAUCUUGCCCGCUGACGCCGCCAGCGACAACGGCAAGGGAACAGAGGGUGUGGGAGCGGUGCCGCACAUGGAUCUGGCUGAGCAGCGACAGCAGCAGCAGUCAUCAGCUGCUGAUACCAAUGAGUCACCCAUGCUUGCUCCGCUUGAGGCCGCGGCGGCGGCCGAUGCACAAGACGCCAACCGUCCGUCGAUGGGGAUCACGCAGGUUUCAGAUCAAGUGACGCUCUUCAAGGAUGCUUCGCCGAAGAUCAGCGCACUCGCCGUCCCGCUCGAGAGGGCACUGUCGUCGAGCCUCGCGGAUACCCAGCCGGUGCAAGCGGCGCAAAAGACCCAGCGCUCGGCUUCGAGGGGCGCUGAGGACGGUGGUAGGAGGGAGUCGGUCCUUGGCAAGCUGUUCGGAAAAGUGAAGAAGUAG